AUGGAUGUGUGUGAUGCUGGUGUGAGUGACGGCCACCAGAGCGGCCUGGUCAGUCACUUGCGAAUCCAUCGCACAGAGACUGGCGAACCAGAGCCAGGAGCACCAACCUACACCCACCACAUUCGCCUCCACUGCCCACACUGCCCUCGCACCUUCACGCAUCGCAUGGGCCUAUACGGCCACAUACGCAUCCACGAGAGCGGAACUGACCGCCUUCCCGACUCACCCACCACGCAAAACCCCAUCCCCACUUCAUCACCCAUCAUCACUUCAUCCCCCAUCACCGUCCUCGCGACUGACACCGACACCACCGACUUCGCCUGCCCACACUGUCCCCGCGCAUUCACCUCUCGCCUCGGCCUGGUCGGUCACUUGCGAAUUCAUCGCACGGAGACUGGCGAACCAGUGCCUGGAGCACCAACCUAUAUCCACCAAGCUCACCUCCACUGCCCACACUGCCCUCGCACCUUCACGCAUCGCAUGGGCCUAAUCGGCCACAUGCGCAUUCACGGCGACCUGCGGUAG